AUGGAUUCUAUCAUCGAAGAAUGGUGUCGCUCGGCUGGUUUCACAGAUGCUCAGCAGCAAGCAAUCGCUGAAGCCCGGCAGCGCUUCCACGCAGCUAAUGGCCCAACCAUGGAACACAUCACGGCUAAUGGCUCGACCACAAAAUACAUCAUCUCCAGGAUUGCGACCGCAGUCGCACUGACCUUUACUGACAGCGAUGCAAUGGUUGAACGAUGGCCCUCCCAUAUCCGAGAGCUGAUAAACCGGUUCUCGCGAUAUCCUGCCCAGCCUGACCGGAAAUUCGAGACAUGGGCACGACCGCGGGAUCAGGAGCAGCGGAAGCAGGCCAUCUCUGUAUGGACAUCGUUGCUGGCGUUUCUUGUCGUCAACUGGACGUCGUAUGGUGCAGACGGUGCCCUGGAGUCUAUGGGAUUGAACCUAUCUUGGUCUGUCAAGGACAACAUCGACGCCAUUCGGUACUACGCCAAGGAAGGAAAGUCGCUGAAAACUGAAGUCCUAGACGACCAACCCCGCUGGACGGUGGCAGGCUUACAGGACACGACGUCAUUCUCUCAGAAGCUAGAGGCCAUUGAUCAUUAUGCUCGCGUGUUGGUCUUGGAAGAUGCCAUUUAUCGAGGAGAUCUAAGCCCAGCUCAGAAAGAAGACCUACAGAAUUCGUUGAAUCAGGUCUCUAUCAGUUGGAUUGAUCAAGAUGCCGAGCGCCCUGCAGUCGACCUUCGCCAGACCUUACUCGAUAGCGUCUCGCACAAAUGGAGGACCUAUACCGAAUACAUGCGACCGAUCUUUGCAGAAUGGUUGACGGGCCAAAGCACAGGUCCCAUGUCAACGGUCAUACUGUUCCUUCACGGAAAGCUAGAAACCCCUUCGUAUAACAAGGUGUACAAGGUCAAGAUGCAGAUUGAAGAGUAUUUUUCUAUCGAUCCCAUGAUGGCGGCUUGUUACCCAGAUGAGGUGGGCACGACGGCCACAAUCGAGGAAGCGAACAAGGAGGCUCGGAGAUGCAUCCGUGAUGAUUUCGGACCAAAGAAAGCAGCGCUCAAUUGGGAUGAAGUGUAUGACGAAAGGGGCAUGAUCCGCAUUCGAGCCAUCUACCGAGAUGAGACCAAUGAUGCAAGGGCGGUUGCGUGGGUUGAGGAAGCGGACAUCCUGACUGAAGACAUGUAA